AUGUCUUCCUUUGAUAAGGGAAAACUCCACAUUGCAGACCCUUUCGAAGAAGAUAACGACCAGAUGAUAAGACGACUUAUUGAUGAGGCUUUUAAUGGAAUCAGCCACGGCAAAAAUCACGUCAACCUCAUGCAAGCUGGCACUGGCCUAGAGUUCGUUUUCAAGAGGCUGCAGCCAGUCGUGCCUCUACCAGAUCGUGAUUGGUACUCUGCAGUGUUUAGGAACUAUGACGUCGAUAAAGAUGGGGAAAUCGAUCGUGAGGCGUUUGAAGACAUAGUCCGCCAGUAUCACGCCCACCACUACGAGAAGCUCCUCAAACGUAGCAAACGGAGACCUCAGCCUCAGCUGGCAUCACAUAUCAUGUACCCGGCGCACCAUGGAGUAUGCCAAGUGUUCAGGGAUUACAGAUUCGGUAAAGUCGUCGGCAAGGGAAGCUUCGGCAAAGUUCAACUAGUUACGCACCGGAAAACUGCUGCAAAUAGAGCAUGCAAAACUAUUGCUAUCCAGUCCCCAGAACAGUGGGAGCUUAUAAAGUCGGAAGUGGAAUUGUUAAAGGCGCUAAAUCAUCCAAAUAUUAUGAAGCUUUUCGAAACAUACCAAGACGGAUACACGAUUUAUCUCAUUAUUGAACUGUGCAAGGGAGGGCCCUUAUUUGAUCGCAUCGUCAAGCAUUAUGAUGUUAUGAGAAGCCCAAUUACGGAGGAGCAGAUGUGCGGCUGGAUGAGACAAAUCCUCUCAGCCUGUUCCUACUGUCAUGAGCGAGGCGUUGUUCACCGUGAUCUGAAGCCGGAAAACAUACUUUUCGUGGAUGCAUCUGAUGACUCGCCGCUAAAGGUCAUCGACUUUGGGUUAAGCGGCACUGUGAACCGGCUCCGUGAGACCGCAAAGGAAGUCAAGGAGAGACGUUCUGGCGUCACUGCUGCUUUUGCCAAGCUGUUUCCAAUCAUCGGCGGAAAGCAUAUCAUCCCUUGGUACUUGUUUCUUGCCGAUUUGUGGUUUCAGGUAUGUACGGAGAGUCCGCAUGCAGCGUGCGGGGACGCCACAUUACAUGGCCCCCGAGAUGAUCCGAGGGCAGUACGAUGA